CCUGCACUUGGCACUGUCCGAUGGACUAAAUGGUUGGCCCCAGGGCGCGGAAGGCUGCCAGACCACCCCAGGGACCGCUGCGGACUAGGUCAUGUUUGCAUUUGAGGAAUUCAGUGAACAGAGUAUCUGCCAAGCCCGGGCUUCCGUGAUGGUCUACGAUGACACCAGUAAGAAGUGGGUGCCCAUCAAGCCCGGCCAGCAGGGCUUCAGCCGCAUCAACAUCUACCACAACACUGCCAGCAGCACCUUCAGGGUCGUGGGCGUCAAGCUGCAGGACCAGCAGGUUGUGAUCAAUUAUUCAAUCGUCAAAGGGUUGAAGUAUAAUCAGGCCACGCCCACCUUCCACCAGUGGCGAGAUGCCCGCCAGGUCUACGGCCUAAACUUCGCCAGCAAGGAAGAGGCCACCACCUUCUCCAACGCCAUGCUGUUUGCCCUGAACAUCAUGAAUUCCCAGGAAGGCGGCCCCUCCAGCCAGCGGCCGCUGCAGAAUGGACCGUCCCCUGACGAGAUGGAUUUCCAGAGAAGGCAGGUGAUGGAGCAGCAGCAGCGCCAGGACUCCCUGGAGAGAAGAGCCUCGGCCCCCGGACCCAUCCUCCCGCCGGGGCACCCCUCCACAGCCAGCGCCCCCCUGUCCUGUACUGGGCCUCCGCCCCCACCCCCGCCCCCCGUCCCACCUCCACCCACGGGGGUUGCGCCCCCGCCGCCCCCUCCACUGCCUGCCGGAGGCGCCCAGGGUGCCAGCCACGACGAGAACUCUGUGUCUGGGCUGGCGGCCGCCCUGGCCGGGGCCAAGCUGAGGCGGGUCCAGCGGCCUGAAGACGCAUCCGGAGGCGCCAGGUCCGACGGCAGCCGGGCCAGCAGCGGGGGCGGCGGGGGCGGCCUCAUGGAGGAGAUGAACAAGCUGCUGGCCAAGAGGAGAAAAGCCGCUUCCCAGACGGACAAGCCCGUCGACCGGAAGGAAGACGAGGCCCAGAUGGAAGAGCCGAGCACCUCUCUGUCUCCAGGGGGCCGCGCCACCAGCCAGACCCCGACCCCCGCAGAGGCUGGCCGGAAGCCCUGGGAGCGGAGCAACUCGGUGGAGAAGCCGGUGUCCUCGCUGCUGACCAGAACCCCGUCCACGGCCAAGAGCCCCGAAGCUAAGAGCCCCCUUCAGGCACAGCCUCACUCUAGGGUGAAGCCGACAGGCAGCGUGAGCGACGGCGCCCUGGACGCCUUCGACUUGGACCGAAUGAAGCAGGAGAUCCUGGAGGAGGUGGUCCGGGAGCUGCACCGAGUGAAGGAGGAGAUCAUUGACGCCAUCAGGCAGGAGCUGAGCGGGGUCAGCACCUCCUAGAGCCCGGAGCCGCCGCGGGAGGCGCAGGACAGCCGGAGGACCCCGCCGCCGCCGACCCGCCACCCGCCUUUUUGUACUUGAUUCGCUUAUUUAAGUGUCCGUCUUUGGGGUUAGAAGGCCCCCCCACCCCCGGCGGGCGCUCCCCUCCUCGGGAGUGGUCUCGCAUGAGGCAGGUGGGGGCGGGCGUGUCGUGUCCGUGUAAUAAACGGUUCCUGUCCA